GAAGGUCACCUUCCAAAUGUACGACCUUUCGUGCCCUAGUUCCAAACAAAUAAGUUUACUCUUGACAUAAAACACGUCAAUUAAUCAUGGUACAAUCGAUUUCGAUUAUGGGAAAUUAUCGAUUACACAUAAUUUACCCCAUUACUAGCGUUAGUUGACAACUGGUUACCAUGGUAACACACAGUUGUUUGGGCGCCGUAAACAAAUGAAACUCGGCUGCCAGAAUUUCAAACCAAAAAUUUACUAUUAUUAACGUAUCUAGCAAAAACCAAGUUUUAUUGUGAAAGUGUGAGAUAAGAUGUGUAAAAUAAAUUAGAAAACGUUAUCUUGUCAGAAUCUCGCAGUACAAACGGAGGAAAAUUUACAAACUUUACAAAUUAUAUCUCAAUGAACCAAACGCAAAUAAAAAAAGAUGAUAAGAAAAAGGAUGGCACUAUACAAAAACCGAUACAAAAGAAGAGUCCAGAUAAAAAUAUGUCUGAAAUAGACGAGCAUAUACUAAAGAGGUUUGAAAUAAAAAAAAGACUUGGCAAAGGCGCUUAUGGUAUAGUAUGGAAGGCAAUAGACAAAAAAAGUAAGGAUGUGGUUGCAAUCAAGAAGAUUUUCGAUGCUUUUCGUAACCAGACGGAUGCUCAAAGGACUUUUAGAGAAAUUAUAUUUUUACAGUCAUUCAGGAAUCAUCCGAAUAUUGUGAAGCUACAUAGUAUACACAGAGCACUAAACAACCGCGAUAUCUAUCUCGGCUUCGAAUAUAUGGAAACGGAUCUCCACAACGUGAUAAAACGAGGCAACAUCCUCAAAGACAUACACAAGCGGUACAUCAUGUACCAGAUGCUGAAGGCGACUAAAUACAUACACUCCGGGAACGUUAUACAUAGGGACCAGAAACCCAGCAACGUGCUUAUUGACAGCGCUUGUAGAGUGAAACUAGCAGACUUCGGGCUGGCGCGCUCAGUAUCGAGCCUGUACUCGGGUGGCGAGAGCGCAGACCCCUGUCUGACCGACUACGUAGCCACGCGCUGGUACAGGGCGCCUGAGAUACUUAUAGCUAGCCGAAACUACACCAAAGGCAUUGACAUGUGGUCCCUCGGCUGUAUCCUAGGGGAGAUGUUGACGGGCCACCCAUUGUUCCCGGGCACGUCCACCGUCAACCAAGUGGAGCGUAUCAUGGCGGCCCUGCCACGGCCUUCACAAGAAGAUAUCGCUUCCAUUUGCAAUGGUUACGGCUCCGCCCUAAUCCGCGAGCAAGCCUCCAGCAGCAGUGGGCCCACACUCACCAAUCUUCUCUCCUGCGCUCCUAAAGAUGCGGCCGAUAUGGUGCAGAGAUUAUUGAUGUUUAAUCCGACGAAGAGAUUGAGCGCGGAAAAGGCUUUGGACCAUGAAUAUGUUGCCAAAUUCCACCGCGAACGCGACGAACUCACGCUGCCCUCGGAUGUACUCCUUCCUCUCCGAGACGACAAACAGCUCUCCGUGGAUGACUACAGGAACAAGCUGUACAGCAUCAUGGCUAAGGGCAACGGGCAUGCCGCUGCCAAGAAACAUUCAAGCAACAAGACUCAUCUGCUAUCCUCUAACACAACGAAACCAAGUAAAAGCUACCACGACACUUCCGAACUCUCCAAAUCUUACCCCACCACCAAAUCCACCCUCAAACACAGUAUAUCCGCAGACCAGAAGACCAGGCCGAAGCCCAAGGAACGUCCUCUCAAAGAGCAUCGUUCGGAGCAGACUAUAUCACGACCUUUACGAGCCACGAAGUUAUUCGAUAGUCAAAAUAGCUGGAUGGAUUCCUCCAACUGUCAUGGAGAUUAUUUCCAACCAGUGACUCGACUAAGCCCUUCUGAAACCGGGUAUUUAAGUGGCGGUAAAAAACCCUCCACGAUUCAUAGAAGGAAUUCUACAUCGUUCUCAACUGUCACCAUAGGUGGUGAUAUGGAUUACGGGUAUGUGGGUAAGACGGUGAAUCAACGACAUGGGGUCAUCACUGCUAGUGCGUUGAUGGAUUUACGUACUAGCAUACGGUAAGUGGCGCUAUCGAAGAAUUUGGAAAACUUUUUUUGAUAUAUUGUGUAAAUGUAACAUUGAUUUUGUAACAGUAGUA